AUGUUGCUGAAGAUUAAAGAAGAAGUAAAGAAGCAAUUUGAUGCUAGAUUCUUAGAGGUGGCUAAGUAUCCUGAAUGGGUGGCUAAUAUAGUUUCAGUUCCUAAGAAGGAUGGAAAAGUUCGAAUGUGCGUCGAUUACAGGGAUUUGAACAGAACGAGUCUGAAGGAUCGCUUCCCUUGGCCACAUAUUGAUACUUUUGUGGACAACACAGCAAAGCAUGCUUUAUUCUCAUUUAUGGAUGGUGCCACCUACCAAAGGGCAAUGGUAGCUUUGUUUCACGAUAUGAUGCAUAAAGAGAUAGAGGUAUAUGUGGAUGACAUGAUUGCAAAAUCUCAUACAGAAAGGGAUCAUACUGUCAAUCUCAAGAAGCUGUUCGAGAGAUUACGAAAGUUUCAGCUCAAGUUGAAUCCUGCAAAAUGUAUUUUUGGUGUAACUUCUAGGAAAUUGUUGGGGUUCAUAUUGCUUCAAAAACGAGACUCAGGAGAGUGGAAUGAAGAAUGUCAAAUAGCCUUUGAUAAAAUCAAAGAAUAUCUCACAAAUCCACCGGUGUUGGUGCCACCGACGGUUGGAAAACCUCUUAUUUUGUAUUUAACUGUGAACAAGAAUUCUAUGGGAUAUGUACUGGGACAACAUGAUGGAAUUGGGAAGAAAGAACAGGCCAUAUAUUACUUAAGUAAGAAAUUUAUGGAGUAUGAGUCCAAAUACUCUGCGCUCGAAAAGAUGUGUUAUGCGCUAACAUGGAACGCCCAAAGGCUCCGACCAUAUAUGUUGUAUCACACAACAUGGUUGGUGGCGAAAUUAGAUCCCAUCAAGUAUAUUUUUGAAAAACCCUUCCUGUCUGGGAGAAUAGCUCAAUGGCAAGUGCUAUUGUCUGAGUAUGAUAUUGGGUAUGUGUCUCAAAAAUCAAUUAAAGGGAGCGUCAUCUCUGAUUUCCUCGUAGAUCGAGCUAAUGAGGAUUAUGAAUUUGUAAGUUUUGAUUUUUCAUAUGAAGAUUUGAUGGCCAUCUUGCACAUAGAAAAGGGCGAUCCCAAUGAACUUAAUCCAUGGAGGAUGUAUUUUGAUGGAGUAUCCAAUGCUUUGGGCCACGAAAUUGGGGCAGUGUUGAUUUCUCCAAAUGGAAAGUACUAUCUAGCCACGGCGAGAUUGAAUUUCAAUUGUACUAAUAAUAUAGCGGAGUAUGAGGCGUUGGUAAUUGGAUUACAAGCAGCAAUCGAGAUGAAGGUCAGCGCGAUAAAGGUUUACAGAGAUUCGACUUUGGUGAUAUGUCAAAUGAGAGGCGAAUGGGAAACUAGAGAUUCUAAACUAGUUCCAUAUAAAAAGCUGGUUACAGAAUUAAGCAAACAGUUCAAGGAAAUCUGCUUCAACCAUUUGCCUCGAGAAGAAAAUCAGCUUGCUGAUGCUUUGGCCACUCUUGCAGCAAUGUUCAAAAUAAAAGAAAUGGCUGAUGUACGCCCUUUUGAUUUAGAAGUCCGUGAAGUCUUCUCACACUGCUUGAAUGUUGAGGAAGAGGUUGAUGGUAAGCCGUGGUAUCAUGAUAUCAUGAAAUACAUCAAGCACCAAGCAUAUCCUGAGAAUGCCACAGACAAUGACAAGCGAGCUCUUAGAAGAUUAACAAUGAGUUUCUUCUUUAGGGAAGAAGUGCUCUACAAAAGAAGUCGAGAUCAAGUAAUUUUGAGAUGUGUGGAUGUUACAGAAGCCAAUAAAAUAAUGAAAGAAGUCCACGAAGGAACUUGUGGAGCUCAUGUUAAUGGACAUAUAUUGGUUAGACAAAUUAUGAGAGCUGAUUAUUAUUGGUUGAUGUUGGAAUCAAACUGCAUAAACUUUGCUCAAAAAUGCCACAAGUGUCAAGUUUAUGCAAAUAGAAUCCAUGCUCCACCAGUCCCAUUGCACGUUUUCACAGCGCCUUGGCCAUUUUCAAUGUGGGGAAUGGAUGCGAUUGGGCUUAUUACGCCAAAAGCCUAUAAUGGACAUCGAUUCAUAUUGGUGGCCAUUGAUUAUUUCAUGAAAUGGGUAGAAGCAGCUUCCUAUGCCAAUGUGACACAAAAGGUGGUGUGCAGGUUCAUCCAAAGGGAGAUCAUAUGUCGGUAUGAGCUGCCGAAAAGGAUCAUUACUGAUAAUGCAAGCAAUUUGAAUGGUGCAAUGGUAAAGGAGGUUUGCGCUAAAUUCAAAAUCAAGCAUCAUAACUGGACAACUUACCGUCCGAAGAUGAACGGAGCAGUAGAGGUAGUAAACAAAAACAUUAAAAAGAUUGUUGAAAAGAUGACUGAAGUCUACAAAGACUGGCACAAUAAACUUCAUUUUGCCUUGCACUCAUAUCGAACUUUUAUGCGUACCUCCAUGGGGGCAACUCCGUACUCAUUAGUAUAUGGUAUAGAAGCAGUUCUACCUAUUGAAGUAGAAAUACCAUCAUUGAGGGUGUUGAUGGAAACAGAAUUAGAAGAUGCUGAGUGGACCCUCUCUCGCUAUGAACAAUUAAACUUGAUUGAGGAAAAAAGGCUUGCGGCUCUUUGUCAUGGCCAGAUGUACCAACGAAGAAUGAUGCGAGCAUAUGAGAAAAAAGUUCGUCCUAGGCAGUUUUGA